AUGAUUCUCCAGAAGCCUGUGCCCGGGGACCGGCGCCCGGGAGCCCCCCGGGUCCGCGGCCGGCGCGCGGGUGGGAAAACUGGACGCUCCGACCCCGGGGGCGGCCCCUCCGCGCACGGGCGCUGCGCCCUGGAGCGCCUGCUCCUAGCAAGGUUCACCCUGGAAAAGACUGCGGUCCUGAGCCCCCACCUCACGCCCCCAGAGGCAGGCAGGACACGGAGGGGAGCUGAGCCCCAGGGGUGGGCCAGACGUGCCCGGGGGAGCAGGCCGGGCCCCCAGGCCGUGGCCAGCCUGCCUGGAGCACCAGCGACCCUCCUCCCUCUGCCCCCAGGGCUUGAAGGCGGGGCUGCGGGCGCUGGCAGGCCUGGAGGCAAGAGCAGGAGUCCGCUGCAAAGGCUCCACGACCUGGACCAGGGCCCGCGCUCCGCCCUGGCCGAGGUGCACCGGCAGCGGCGCGACCUGCUGCACCGCACCUGCAGCCGCCACACGCGCCGGCAACGCCUGCUGCAGCCCGAGGACCUGCGGCACGUGCUGGUGGACGACGCGCACGGCCUGCUCUACUGCUACGUGCCCAAGGUGGCCUGCACCAACUGGAAGCGUGUGCUGCUGGCGCUGAGCGGCCGCGCACCCCCCGACCCGCGCGCCAUCCCCGCGCACGAGGCGCACGCGCCGGGCCGCCUGCCCUCGCUGGCCGACUUCAGCCCGGCCGAGGUCAACCGGCGCCUGCGGGCCUACCUGGCCUUCCUCUUCGUGCGUGAGCCCUUCGAGCGCCUGGCGUCCGCCUACCGCAACAAGCUGGAGCGGCCCUACAGCGCGGCCUUCCAGCGCCGCUUCGGCACGAGCAUCGUGAGGCGCCUGCGGCCGCGCCCAGGCCCUGACGCGCUGACCCGCGGCCACGACGUGCGCUUCGCCGAGUUCCUGGCCUACCUGCUGGACCCGCGCACGCGCCGCGCCGGGCCCUUCAACGAGCACUGGGAGCGCGCGCACGCGCUCUGCCACCCGUGCCGCCUGCGCUACGACGUGGUGGGCAAGUUCGAGACGCUGGCGGAGGACGCGGCCUUCGUGCUGGGCCUGGUGGGCGCGCCCGGCCUGCGCUUCCCCGAGCCGCCGCCCCGGGCCCGGGCGGCCGCCACCCGCGACCGGGCCGCGCGCCUCUUCCGCGACAUCAGCCCCUUCUACCAGCGGCGCCUCUUCGGCCUCUACAGGAUGGACUUCCUGCUCUUCAACUACUCGGCCCCCUCCUACCUGCGGCUGCGCUAGCCCGGGGCCGCUCACUCGGCUCGACCCUGGCGGGUCUGGGCGCAGCCGCCUCGGGGCGCCGGGCACCUGCCUGCCUGGCGCCUGAUGCUUGCUUCCUGGAAGCGCUCCGGCGGGCAGGUGCCUCCCCAGGACCUCUGGGUGGGGGUGAGGACUGAGUAAGAGUUUUUUAGGUCGUGAGAGCCUGUUUUUUGUCAACUCUGUCCCGGAACCUGUCCGCGGUGCAGGAUUAAGUACCCUGGCUCUGCGCAGCCCGUGUCCUAUCCCAGGGCCCUCCCCGCCUCACCUCCCUGGUAAGGACAGCCCUGGCCAAGGAGAGGAGCCCUCCCUUCCGCCUUCCACCUGGGCGUCCUGAGCCGGGAGCAGCUGUGGGCCCUGUUCUGGCCCCACCCUUGGUCUCAGUCUGGUCAGAGGCUAGGCUGUCCCGCGCCCAGGGUGCAGUAACGGUGGCAGGUUUUGUAAGACCUGGGGAGCUCAUGGUUUUGAAAUAAAGUGUUUUGUUACUUUCUGA